UCCUCAUGGCGGCGGCGGCUUGGGCGCGGCUCGGCGGGGACUGAGCUGCGAGCCCGGCGGCCCGGCCUCCGCGCACUCCCGGGCCCCGCGCUCCCGAUGCUGCGCGGGUGCUGAGCCCGCCCCGGCCGGGACGAUGGUGAAGUACUUCCUGGGCCAGAGCGUGCUCCGGAGCUCCUGGGACCAAGUGUUCGCCGCCUUCUGGCAGCGGUACCCGAAUCCCUACAGCAAACAUGUCCUGACGGAAGACAUAGUCCACCGGGAGGUGACCCCUGACCAGAAACUCCUGUCCCGGCGACUCCUGACCAAGACCAACAGGAUGCCGCGCUGGGCCGAGCGACUGUUCCCCGCCAACGUCGCUCACUCGGUGUACAUCCUGGAGGACUCCAUCGUGGACCCGCAGAACCAGACCAUGACCACCUUCACCUGGAACAUCAACCACGCCCGGCUGAUGAUGGUGGAGGAGCGAUGUGUUUACUGUGUGAACGCUGACAACAGCGGCUGGACCGAAAUCCGCAGGGAGGCCUGGGUCUCCUCGAGCCUCUUCGGUGUCUCCAGAGCUGUUCAGGAGUUUGGUCUCGCCCGGUUCAAAAGCAACGUGACCAAGACCAUGAAGGGUUUUGAGUAUAUCUUGGCCAAGCUGCAGGGCGAGGCCCCUUCCAAAACCCUGGUGGAGACAGCCAAGGAAGCCAAGGAGAAGGCGAAGGAGACGGCACUGGCCGCUACGGAGAAGGCCAAGGACCUUGCCAGCAAGGCCGCUACCAAGCCACCGCAGCAGCGGCAGCAGUUCGUGUAGCCGGCCCGGCCGUCCGCCCUCCCCCCUGCUACCGUAUCAUUAAAAGUUGUCUCCAGCCCUUUCUGCUGUCUGCUGGUGGGGUGGGGGUGGUGCCUUUCGAGCCCAGAGCACAGUGCCCGUGGCUGAACCCAGGCCGCAUAUUCCCACAUCAGGCAGCUGGGCACCGCCCCCAGCUCUCGGCCAGCCGAAGGACUAGACUGUACGCCCCACGCGGGCAGGGCCUUGGCUCUCGACUCUGUCCCAGGAACUUGGAGCGACACCCGGCGCAGCAGGCACUCAAUAAAUCUGUGAAUUCACUCAGCCCA